UCCUCAUCCAGUGCUCCGAUCGAGUGUAUUGUGCAGCCUCUGUGUGCAGGUUCAGUGCGUGCAGGCGCUGCUCAGCGCGCGCCCUGCUCUACGAGAGGGAAUGCGGAUCGAUCACACCCUGGCUACGGCAGGCUACCCGUACAGUGUGUGUUUUCGCCAGAUGAUCUUCAGUGGCCUUGCAAUCAGGCAUGGAGUUUGUUGACAUCCCAACCAAGCAUUUCCUGGAGCAGUUUGUGGCACUCGUUGGUCUCCCUUCACCAGUUCUUUGCUGGAGGCCUGCUCCUGAUGGACUGUACAUCGUGGGAGUUCAGGUCGAUCUUGGUCUAGCAGACAGGGUUCCUCAUGUGUACUAUGAGGCUGCUAGAGCAACUAUUCCUGAGGCUGAGCAGGCUGCCUGCCUGAUGGUGAUUCACGCCGUAGCUGCUGAACGUAAUGUGGAAAUUAGGGAUAUUAACUACUAUCAGCUGGGGUACCUUUGCCAUCAGGUGGAUGAUCUACGCAAGAAGUUAAUGGAGGCUGAGCAUCUUUGUGCUGAGCUGAUGAACAUCGUUCGCUCCAACAAGAGUGAGGUCUCCUUCCUGGAGCGCCACACUCACAGGUUAUACUGUUGCAUUCGCUGCCUGAGGAACACUGUGGCUGCACUGCAGCAUGGUGGCCCCGGAAGUUCCAGCGGCGGUGUGUGAGGAGUUGAUGUGCAUCAACACUGUAGCAGUACUUUUGGGUCAUUUCUGUAGUAUCUAGCAUCCUUAGAAUAUGAUCUGGUUGAUGUGCAUCAACACUGUAGCAGUACUUUUGGGGUCAUUUCUGUAGUAUCUAGCAUCCUUAGAAUAUAAUCUUGCAGGGUAUGAGUGUGGGUAGUUGUGGUGUUGAGGCUGCAAGACAUACAUGGCGUGAGGUGGAGGAUGACACUAGUUGUCCUUUGGGUUUGAGGGAGCCUAUAGUUGUGGUGUUAUCCUA